CUUUAUUACCUAUGAAAGAUUUCAUUAUCUCACCAUCUUCAUCUUCUCAUGAAAACCCUUCAUCACAAACACCAACCCUUCAACAAAAGCUUCAAUUUCUACUCCAAAUCCAAUCCGAAAAUUGGAUCUAUGGCAUUUUGUGGCAAACAACAAAAGAUGAAAAAGGUAAACCUUUCUUAUCUUGGGGUGAAGGCUAUUUUCAAGGAACCAAAGAAACAACAACUUCAAACAAAGAUGCUGAAUGGUUCUACGUGAUGUCGUUAACUCGAAAAUUUUCCAUAGGUAAUGCUUCUUCAAUUUCAUUACCUGGUAAAGCUUUUGCUUUAGAUUCUGUUCUUUGGUUGAAUAGUAAACAUGAACUUCAAAUCUAUAAUUGUGAGAGAUCCAAUGAAGCACACAUGCAUGGAAUCGAAACACUGAUUUGUAUUCCGACAACUAACGGUGUAAUCGAAAUGGGUUCUUAUGACAAUAUCCAACAAAAUUGGAACCUCGUGCACCAAGCUAAAUCUAUGUUCCAAACAUCCUCGUCAGAAUCAAACUCAAAUUUAGAUCUUACCUCCACCACCCCAUUUGACAAAUGUAAAACAUUCAUCCAAAACACAUCUUUUGCCAACAUGGGUGUCGUCUCUGGCGGUAGCGCGAGAGAAGACCCCCAUGAGAAGCCAAAAAAUUUGCAAGAAAAACAUAAAAAUGUUUCAUCAUGUUCUUUAGAUUCUGAAGAUUCUGAUUCAGAAUAUUGUCCACUGUUAGCAACAAAAACAACAACAGCAAAGAACGAUUCUUUUGAGAAAAGAGAACCGAAGAAGAGAGGAAGAAAACCAUUAACAGGAACUCAAACACCGAUGAACCAUGUGGAAGCAGAGAGACAAAGGAGAGAGAAACUAAACCAUAGAUUCUAUGCUUUAAGAUCUGUGGUUCCAAACGUUUCAAAGAUGGAUAAAGCUUCUUUGUUAUCUGAUGCAGUAGAUUACAUCAAUGAGUUAAAAGCAAAGAUCGAAGAUUUAAAAUUAGGGCAACAAAAGGAAUCGAAAAAGGCGAUGAUGAAAACGAUGAAAAUUGUCGAUAAUAAUAGUGCAACGACAACUUCAAUUGUGGUAGACCAAAACAAACCUAGUUGUAGUAAGAAUCUUAUUGCUUUAGAGAUUGAUGUGAAGAUCAUAGGACAUGAUGCUAUGGUGAGAGUUCAAAGUUUGAAUGUUAAUCACCCUAGUGCAAGAUUAAUGAGUGUAUUGAAAGAUUUGGAGUAUCAGGUACAUCAGGCUAGUAUAUCGACCGUUAAUAAAGUUGUAAUGGUUCAAGAUGUUAUUGUUAAAGUUCCUAAUGAGAUGAGAAAUGAAGAGAGCCUAAUUAGGUCUGCAAUUCUCAUGAAAUUAUGA